AUGGUUAAGGACAAAUCAUCAUCUCCAUCUACUACAGAUACUACAAAAUUGAUCAAAACUGCUGGUAACGGUGGAUUAACAAGAACUUCACAAGCUUGUGAUCGUUGUCGGAUAAAAAAAAUCAAAUGUGAUGGGAAAAUCCCAAGUUGUACCAAUUGUCUUUCAAUUGGUUAUAAUUGUCAAACUUCAGAUAAAUUAACAAGAAGAGCAUUCCCAAGAGGUUAUACUGAAAAUUUAGAAAAAAAUUUAAUAUCUUUACAAAAUGAAAAUUCAAAAUUAAUCACUGAAUUAGAAACUUUUAAAUCAAAAAUUGCUGGUCAAGAUGUUGGUAAUGUUUCCAAUUCUGAACAUGAAUCUUCAAGUACCCCUUCAAUAAUCAUUCCAGAUAAUACUGUUUCAAUCCAUAUCAAGGAAGAACCAAUUUCAGAUCCCCAUCACCAUAGCUGUGGUUCAGAACCAACAAUAAAAGGAUUAUCUGAUAAUUUCUUCAUGUUUGAUAAUUUUGUUGAAAAUGAAAAUUAUGUUGGUUUAAACAGUUUAAAUUUAAUUUUUAAUAAUAUUUUGAAAAAUUUUAAAUUACAACCAAUUGAAGAAUUAAAAUUUCCAAAAGUUGAUUUCCAUAAUUUAUCAGAUUUUAUAAUUGCAAAAUUUUUAAUUAAAUUCCCAUCAAAAACAAAUUUAGAUUUAUUAAUUUCAAAUCAUUUUGAAAAUUUAAAUUUAAUUCCAAUUCUUGAUGAAGAUUUAUUUUUUAAAAAUUAUAAAGAAAUUUUCAAUUCAAUUGAUAAUAAAACUGAAAAUUUAAUUCCAUUAAUUGAAAAUUCUACUGAUGAUGAUGAAAUUUUAGUUUUCGUUACAAAAUUAAUCAUUAUGAUUCAAUUAAAUUGUUCAAUUUUCAGUUUACAUGAAAUUCAUAAAUUAGUUACAAGUUUAAAUAUUUCAUUUAAACCUUCAAUUACAAAAUUUCAAACUACUUUAUUAUCCCUUUAUUUAUUUCAUAAUAAAAAUUGUUAUAAAGAUACAGUUAUAAAUUUAAAUAAUAUUCUUCAUUCAAUGGUUUUAAGUUUAGGAUUACAUUUAAAUUAUAAUAAUUUAAAACAAUCAAAUCUUAAAAUUCAAUUAACAAAGGAGGAAAAAUUUAAAUUACAUUCUGUUAGAUUAAAAUUAUAUUGGAGUUUUUAUAUAUUAUCAAAUAUUGCAUCAAUUUCUCAUGGUUUACCUCAAGUUGGAUUUUUUGAAAAAUUUCAUAUACCUCAUUUAAAUACAAUUUUAAAUUCAAAUCAAAAUUUAAAAAAUUGUAUCCUUUUGAUUGAUAUUUUACAAAAUUUAGAAAAUAUUAAUUUACAAUCAAUUAAUCAAGAUUUUAAUCAAUUUAAUAAAUUAGAUGAAUUUUUAGUUAAUUGGAGAGAUGAAUUAAAAUUACAAAAUUUAUUUCAUAAAAUCCCUCUAAGUAUUAUAACAUCAAUGGAUAAUUCAAAUGAACGUCCAACUAAAAGAUUAAAAAAAUCUAAAAUUUUAUCUUCACAUGAAGAAAAUACUAAAAUUCAAUUAAAUUUAUUUUAUAUUUAUUUUAGAAUGUUGAUUCAUUUACAACAAACUUCAGAAAAUAUCUCAUUAAAUCAAUCUGAUGUUAUUUUAUCAAAUUUAUCAAAAGAAUUUUUAGCUUAUAUUAUAUUAUUAGAUUCAAGAAAAGAAUUAAAUAAUUUAAAUAAUUUUGAAUUUCAUUUAAUUCCAAUUAAUUUUCUCAAGAUGAUUUUAAUUUCAAUGUUAAAUUUAGUUAAAGUUUCCAAAUCAACAAAUCAUCAAGAUCAAUUAUUUACAGAUUCAUCAAAUAGUAAUAUUUUAAUUAAAGUUUUAAAAAUUGUUAAAAAUCGUUAUCCAGAAAAUUUUGUUCUGUUUAAACAAAUUGUUGAUCUUGUUAAAUUAGAAUUUCAAUUAAAUGAUCCAGAUUUAGAAGAUUCAACAGAUUUUAAUAAUAAAUUUAAAAAUUUAUCAUCAUCUCCACAACGUCAUCCAUCAAUUUAUCAACAUUCAGAAUUAUCACAACAAAUUGAUCAACAUUCAUUAUUAUUUGAUUUAGAUCAAAUUACAAAUAGAAAUUUAUCAGUUGCAUCUGCAGAAUCAACAAUUUCAAAUUCAUCAAUUGAUACAAUGUCAAUUAAUGGUACUACUAAUCAAAAUUAUAAUACAGAUCAAACAGAUUCUUCAUCAUCUAUAAAUGAUGAACAAUUACCAGAUAUUACAUCAAAUUUAGAUUUAAUUUUUGAUUGGAAUACAACUCCAAAUCCAAAUCCAAUUAAACCAAGUUCAAAUUUUCAUUCAAGUUUAAAUCAUCCAUUAGAUAAUUAUGGUGUUAAUUCAUAUGAUUUAAAUUUACUUGUUCAUAAAAAUGAAUUAUGA